AUGAGAGCAACUGAAGAGAAUCGUCAACUUCAGUUACAGACUCUGGAGGUCUGUCACAGACUCUGGAGGUCUGUCACAGACUCUGGAGGUCUGUCACAGACUCUGGAGGUCUGUCACAGACUCUGGAGGUCUGUCACAGACUCUGGAGGUCUGUCACAGACUCUGGAGGUUUGUUACAGACUCUGGAGGUUUGUCACAGACUUUGGAGGUUUGUUACAGACUCUGGAGGUUUGUUACAGACUCUGGAGGUCUGUCACAGACUCUGGAGGUUUGUUACAGACUCUGGAGGUCUGUCACAGACUCUGGAGGUUUGUUACAGACUCUGGAGGUUUGUCACAGACUUUGGAGGUUUGUUACAGACUCUGGAGGUUUGUUACAGACUCUGGAGGUCUGUCACAGACUCUGGAGGUCUGUCACAGACUCUGGAGGUCUGUCACAGACUCUGGAGGUUUGUUACAGACUCUGGAGGUUUGUCACAGACUCUGGAGGUUUGUUACAGACUUUGGAGGUUUGUUACAGACUCUGGAGGUUUGUUACAGACUUUGGAGGUUUGUUACAGACUUUGGAGGUUUGUUACAGACUCUGGAGGUCUGUCACAGACUUUGGAGGUUUGUUACAGACUCUGGAGGUUUGUUACAGACUCUGGAGGUUUGUUACAGACUCUGGAGGUUUGUCACAGACUCUGGAGGUCUGUCACAGACUCUGGAGGUUUGUUACAGACUCUGGAGGUUUGUUACAGACUCUGGAGGUUUGUCACAGACUCUGGAGGUCUGUCACAGACUUUGGAGGUUUGUUACAGACUCUGGAGGUUUGUUACAGACUCUGGAGGUUUGUUACAGACUCUGGAGGUUUGUCACAGACUCUGGAGGUCUGUCACAGACUCUGGAGGUUUGUUACAGACUUUGGAGGUUUGUUACAGACUUUGGAGGUUUGUCACAGACUUUGGAGGUUUGUCACAGACUCUGGAGGUUUGUCACAGACUCUGGAGGUUUGUUACAGACUUUGGAGGUUUGUUACAGACUUUGGAGGUUUGUUACAGACUCUGGAGGUUUGUUACAGACUCUGGAGGUCUGUCACAGACUCUGGAGGUCUGUCACAGACUCUGGAGGUUUGUUACAGACUUUGGAGGUUUGUUACAGACUUUGGAGGUUUGUCACAGACUUUGGAGGUUUGUCACAGACUCUGGAGGUUUGUUACAGACUUUGGAGGUUUGUUACAGACUUUGGAGGUUUGUUACAGACUCUGGAGGUUUGUUACAGACUUUGGAGGUUUGUUACAGACUCUGGAGGUUUGUUUGAACACUACAUAAAUGAAGCUUAA